UGGGGGUGCACUUGGCUGUGGUGCAGAGCGAUGCUGUGCCGGGGUGCCGAGGGUGGCAGGUUGCUGUGACAGGUUUCCUGAGGCUCUUGGAGAAGGCUCAUGCCUGUUUUUUUAGGAUGGGAAGCACGUGAAAGGGAGGGUUGUGAUACGAGGAGGAAGCUGGGCUGCUAGAUAGCCACAGCGGGGCUACAAGAAAGGCGCUGAGGGGUCUGAUCCUGCUGCCUGUGGCUGAGGGCUUGCAGGGACCUUGGUCCAGAUGCUCCAGGAAGGCAAAGACAGAGUGAUGAGAGCACCCGUGGCCAAGCCCCAAGCAGCCCCCACCAAUCCUGGGGCUGCUGCUCUGUCCUUAGCAGUGGUGGCUCUGGGCCACUUGGCAAAGAGUGGUGUGAGUUUGUGCUGGUCGGCUGCGGUACUGGGUCAAGCCUCGCUGCGAGCACAGCUACGGGCGAUUCCUGUCCCUGCAGCUCAGGUGGAUGGCUCUUUGGGGCUCCUCCUGUGCUGGGCUCACCAGCCAAGGCCUCCCUGCAGCGCCCGUGCCUUCCCUGCCUGCCAAAAUGCCCUCACAGGGUCAGGAUUUGCUGGAACCAAACAUACCCAGUGCGUUUUUUCAUCAGCCCCAGCCUGCUGCCCGGCCUCAGCACCUGCCAGGCUCAAGGGCAGUUGCCACGCCAGUGAUGCCGUGGCUCGGGGGGGCUUUCAGGUCCCCUGUCACCCUGCUGCCACCACGGCAAGGCUGUCUGUAUGCGGUCAUGGCUAACACUGUCUGUGGAGAGUACAUGCAUCCCUUCUGCUCCACCCCUACAUGAGAAAUGAGGUGAAGGUGAUGGACCACUUGGGAUCCAUCUGGAGAAAGACAGCUUCUAUCUGUUUUACCAGCUCUCAUCAUAGUGCCAGGCAGGCAGAGUGCCCUAGCACUCUGUUAACUCUUAACCCUACUGAUGUAAAGUGAUGUUAUCGACUGCCUUGCUGCUGGUGCUCUUGAUAGAAACCUUUCUCAUAAUCCAGCCUCAUGAGCAGAGCGACCCUCACAGCAGCCAAACCCACCUCACCUGACAGCGACUUCUGCAGUGCCCUUCUCUCUUAGCAGUACAAAACUCAGCCAAUUGCAUGUUUAACAGGGACAGUGAGAAAAGCCAAGAGCAGAUUUGAUGUUGCAGGAUGGUGGUGUUGUUCAGUGUCCCACGUUCCUGCUGGGCACCUGUCCAGGAGCACACCGACGCAGGGCAGCAUCGGGGUCAUGGCAUGGGCACCCCAUAAAAAACUUCCAGCCCCUCUACCACCAGCAGGUCUAAUGUCUGUAAGGUUGCCCCUGCCUCACUGCAGGCUUGGAGAUGUGCCCGUAAGAUGUGUACCAGAGGAACGGUGUCCCCAGGGAGGCUCUGGAUGUGGACAGGGCACAGGACUUUGGCUGUCCCAACGAGGGCUCAUCUUGGGCAUGCGCCAGCACUCGUGGCAAGGCGUCAGGUCCGCAUCCCAGCAGGACAGCGGGACCGGCAGUUUUGAGUUCAGCAGGGGGGAAGCUUGGAACAGGAGGUGCUUUCUGUGGCCACUGCCAGCUCCCACUGUUUGCUCUUUUCUCUUCCUCUCCGCUCAUCACAGAGAAGCGCGCGCUUUGGCUCCGUACCACAGGGAAUGUCAUCGAGCCGCACACGCCAGGACUGAGCAGUCGCGGUGCCGGCAGCAGGCUGGGCUGCUUGCUCGAAACCGGCAGCAUAUGUUGUCAGGAUUGCGGCACAUUGGCUUCUGCCGGUGGGGUUUGGGUUGCUGUCGAGAUCAGUCUCAGCCUACAAGUUGGCAGCCCUCAUCCUCCGGUGUGCUGGGAACGGCAGCGGCUGGCUCGCCGUUGUGCCGAUACCCGUUGCCAUGGCUGCUCUGCUGAUGGUGCAUCACCCGCUGCUGCCGUUACAUCACUCCUGUGGUACCUCUGCAUCGGCAGCGAGGGACCGAGUGGCACCGUCUGCAUUGCCAGUGCUUCCCGCUCAGUCGGAGCGAGCUUGAGAAGGAAAAGUUUGGUGACAAGCUCAAGCAAAUAGGCAUCAUCUCAUGGGAACUUUGGCCUGAUUUGAAACCACUCCUGAUGGCUCUAUCGAAUAUCUCCCUGUGGAUUCGGGAUGCCUGGGCAGUAGCCACCUCUAACGUGGAUAUCGAGAACAAGAAAGCCACCCAUCCCAAGCUGUCAUGGCAGCAGCCAGUGAACGUCUUCCUGGCCGCCGGGCGCCCGCCGGGCAUGGAGCAGCUGCACCAGGAGGCUCAGCUCAACCUCCAGAGCUUGAUGCAAGAGGAGUAUGAGGAGCAGUACGCCGAGAGCAGGGUCACCGGACAGACCUUCCGCGCUGCCGGGCAGCUGCCCCCCGACACCCCUCCUGAGCCAUCGCCCCGACCUCUGCCUGCCAAGCGGCUGGAGUUCGUGCUGAUGCCUCCGAGCCGGCAAGCAGCCGAAGAGGAGACCACCAGCACAACCGCACUUGGCACUCAGCCACCCGACACCUCUCUGAGCCUCCCCACCAGCCCGGACAAGCAGCCGCCCUGGGCCAGAGCCUUCCCGCUGCCCACCGUGGAGGAGAAGCAGUGGCAUCAGUCCUGCUCCAUCCAAACCAACAUCAUCCCCAUCAACGUCUCGGGGCAGCACUUUGCUAGGCACGCGAGUGCUCGUCACUCCCUGUUUAACACAGAGACCGCGAUGAACCCCAAGUCCACCCUGCGGCGUAGACGGACCAUUAUUGGAUUCCCUAACCUGUCCCUGCGAGACCAAGGCGGUGCCAAUGGCCCAACCUUGACUACACGUGUGCCCAUCACAGAGUCCCUCUCCUGCAGCUUCGUGCCUGAGGCCUCAAGCCCAGGGAAGGCACCCCAGGAGAUCAGCCCCCGCCAGCCCCUCUCUGCCCCACUGAGAAAGACCUUCAGUGACCUCGGAGCCCGCUGCUGCCAGCCGCCCACUGCCAUGGACCACGCGGCCACCCCCUGUGCCAGCACCUGCAAUGGACCACAGGGCACCCCUUUCCCCCCACCCUGGAGCACCCUGGGCUACGUGAGCCCCCCCAGCCCCGCCACUGGUCAGGGCAAGGGGCCUGCCUCCACCUCCCUGGGCGGCUCCAGCCCAUCACCCAGCCCGGGCUCUCCUGCUGCUGCCUCCUUCUUCAUUGCCAUGGAGGAGCACGUGGGCAGCAACGGGCCCAGCUCCUUCUCUGGCACAGUGCCUGAGUCCCCCUCCACCUCCAGGAGCAGCCAGAGGUGUGAUGGCCAAGAAGCCACGGUGAACUUCUCGCCAGGAAGCCAAGAGGAAGCAGCGGUGGAGCCGGUGCGACUGGAAGUGGGGCAGCCAGGGUGCUGGUUUCGCGAGCGGUCACUGUCGGUGCCCACCGACUCCGGCUCCCUCUGCUCCGUGGACAUGUCGUGCGCUGACACCCGGCGAGGCAGCGCCAACUACGCCCUGGGCUACCCUAGUGCCAGUUCUGAGGGCAGCACCAGCACUGACAACAUCUCCCUGGGGCUGGAGCAGGAGGGCCAGCGGCGGCGGCGCUCCAAGAGCAUCUCCCUCAAGAAGGCGAAGAAGAAGCCCUCACCACCCACGCGCAGCGUCUCUCUCAUUAAAGAGGGGCAGGAUGAUGCCAUGGGGACUGGCUUGGUGCUGCCCAAGGAUCAGCGACCAAAGAGCCUGUGCAUCGCGCCAGAGCCCCAGGGCCACCGUCUGGUGCACGCUGACCCCCAGGGGAGUGUAGGGAGGGAGCCUGAUGGCACAGCCACCCCCCACCAGUGGCAUCUUGCAGACUGGAAGGCUGGUGAUCCCUACCGAUCCCUCUCCAGCUCAAGCACAGCCACAGGGACCACGGCCAUUGAGUGUGCCAAGGCACGGGGCAGCUCCGAGUCCCUCACAUCCCCUUCAGUCUCCAGGGCCACGACACCCUCCCAGCUCUCCACGGAGGCAGACCUCAAGACCUGCUCCCCAGGCAGGCCCACAGGGCUGAUGUCCCCAUCCAGCGGGUACUCCAGCCAGUCAGAGACCCCGACCCCCACCAUCCCGACCUCCACCAUCCUCGGACACUCCCCACACCAAGUGCGGGUGAGGCCGCUGGUUCCCGAAAGGAAGUCCUCGCUGCCCCCGACGUCCCCCAUGGAGAGGAGCCCCAAGUCCAGGCUGUCCUUUGACCUACCACUCACGCCACCCGCACACCUCGACCUCUCGGGGCUGAAAAUCUCCUUGAAGGGGAAGACAAAGGUCAGCCGACACCACUCUGAUUCCACCUUUGGCACCAAGCUGGCCCAGAAGACCAGCCCCAUCACGCCCAUCAUGCCGGUGGUCACACAGUCCGACCUGCGCUCUGUCCGCCUCCGCUCCAUCAGCCGUUCGGAGCCAGAGGACAACACUGAUGGCCCAGAGCAUGCCGAGGAGCCGGCACGUGGUCCCUGCCCAGGGCCAGAGAGGAAGGUGAAGCCUCCUGUGGCAGAGAAGCCACCACUGGCCAAGCGGCCCCCGAUCAUCCUCCCCAAGCCCACAGCACUACAAGAGGAGGGUCCCUUAUCCCCCACGUCCCCACCAGGCACCAAGGAGAAGGGGCUGCCACAGGGUGGCUUCGUGGUGCUGCGGAAAGGGGAGCUGCGGAGGGGUCCUGGGGAGCCCCCCUUGUCCCUGAUGCCAGCAGGACCCCGGCGACUCUCGCAGGGCAGUCUGGAGGAUGAGCCACGGCUGCAGUGGAGCAGUGCUGGGGAGGGGGAGCGGAAGAAGGCCAAGGUGCCACCACCAGUGCCCAAAAAACCUAGCGUGCUCUACCUGCCACUCGCCCCAGCCCCAGCACAGCUGGGAACCAGCAUGGGGGACCAAGUGCCCACUCCUAGCCCCAUCAUCACGCUGGACGUCGACCCCACAUGCUGCAACCCUGGCGCUGAGGACGUGCCAUCUCCAGAGGCCCUGGGUACAGCACAAGCUGGUGACCCCACCUCAGAGCAAGGCAGCUCAGCUGACGCCAGCACAGAGGAGAAGAGCUUUGCUAGCCACAAGACGGCUGACUCCAUCACGGAGGAGGACGAUGAUGUGUUUGUGACAUCCCGCACCACAGAGGAUCUCUUCACCAUGAUCCACAGGUCAAAGAGGAAGGUCUUGGGGCGCAAAGAGCCUGGUGACACCUUUAGCAGCCGGCCCAACUCCCACUCACCUGUAAAGACUUCGGGCUCCCCGACUGGUGAGUCCCCGGCAGCAGGCAGCACUGGGAAGUCCUCCAGCAGGAAUGAAGACUUUAAAGCCCUGCUCCAGAAGAAGAGCAGCAAAACCAGCCUCGGUACCCGGCCAUCUGCUGCUGAACUGCUCAAGACCACAAACCCGCUGGCUCGGAGGGUCAUGACAGAGUUUGCUCCUGAGCUUGAUGGUGCAAACAACCCUAAAAGCCAGCCCUAACCUUGCGUGGUCCCUUCUCGCCAUGAAGGGCUAGAAAUGGCUGCAGAGGGAGCACUGCUGUGGAAGAGGUCUCCUGCCUGUCCGGGUGAGUCCGUGUGUCCUGCCUGGGGUUUUCUUCUGCUUUUGUUUCUUCCUUGGAGAGCUGACAGCGGAGAAGCAGCAUUUGGAAUCCAAGCCUCUGGUGGAGCUUGGCCCUUUCCAGGAUGAAAGAGGUGGCACCACGGCUGGGAACAUUCCGGCUGAGCCAGCUCCCUGGACCGAAGGCAUCUGCUUGGGAAGCAGAGCAGGACUGCAGCCCCCAGUGUCGCUCAGUGCCUGCAGCGAAGCUAGCUUGAAACUGUGUGGUCAUUUCGGCAUGUGGUACUUUAAAUGGCUUUUCUAAUGCACUGUGGUGAUGAUGUUUUAUUCUCUUUCGUUUUGGCAUUGUACCUUGAGUUUCCCAGGCCAAGAUCCCGGGUUUGAGUUCACCUGGAUACACAGAGAUGUACUUUGGGAAGAUGUAAGGGGGGCAGCAGGAAUUGAGGUUGCUUUUGAAGAGCCACAAGCGAUUCCCCCUCAUCGUCCCAAGCAUCCUCCCAGCUGCACAGGGAACAGGCACCCCAGCGUUCGCGGCCAGCGUGACAGUCUCAAGCCAAACCCCCGCCCCUUGAAAGCCCCCAAAAUGCUGCAUUUUAGAGCUCCUCGGCUCUCAGUCCAAAAGCAAACCCCAGGGUCACCUCGGCUGCACUGCACUUGGAGGUGUGCCAGCCUCCUGGACUGCGGCUGCCACGGGGGCGAGUGGCCCUGCCGCUGCUGGAAGGAAAAGCGGCAGCAGGCCAGCGCUCCCAGGGAAGCCCUUCACCAGCUCUGCCUCUUGCAUCACACCGGAGCACCCUGCGACAGCAUCUCCUGCAGACAUCAGCCUUGCAGCUGCUGGAGGUCCUAGGCCUCUGCCGAGCUGUUGGCCAAAGCCAGCCAGAUGUCACCUGAGCCACCUCCCCAGUGACUCCUGGGAUCCCUGCGGGAUUAACCCCUCCGCCCAUGCCCGCUGCCUGCAGGAUGAGUGCCAGUGCCACCGGCACUGUCCAGCGAGUGCUGUUGGCAGUGCCACUGUCCCCCUGGCACACGCAGGUUCACCGGGCCAGCCAGACGGCGCUUGAGGGCCAGGAUCCACUGCUGAGGCAUGCGGUGGACCCCAAACUGUGUGUGCCUGCCUGCGGGGCUGCCCGU